AGGGCUUGGAUUUAAUCCCAGCCUGGCAUUUUCCCCGGGGUUUUUUUCUGCCCUACCCUGGCAGCCACUUGGAAACCGGGAGAGGAACUGUUGUCACAUCCCCAAGGCUGUGACAUCACAAUCCCAGGCUGCUCUCCUGAGCCAGCCCAGCACAUUCCACAGGGAAAUGUGAAUCCUCAGCUUUCUCCUGCUCCCUCCAUGGGCUGCCAUCCCCCUGCUCCAUGGCUAUAACAACUGGAGCACGCAGAGCCCAUCCCGGGAAGAUCAGGCACGGCAGGAUGGCAGCGGGGCAGGACCCAAAAGCCGUGCAGAAGAGCAUCUCCUUCGGGACAACCCAAGAACGGAAAAUGUUCCCCUACUACUACGCCCCAGACAGGCUGGGAAUCGAGGUGGCAGUGGUGCGGGGAAACCCUCUCCUGGGGCCGGGCUGUUACCUGGGGCCAGAGAAGAACAUCCUCAAAUCCUCCAUGAGCACCCGACCCAUGAGCAGCCGGGGAUACGUGAUGGGAGCCAGGACAGCCCCGCGCUUCCAGCUGAGUGCCCGGACAGUGACCCCCGGCCCUGGUGCGUACCGGCCCUUCCCGAGGGAUGAGAGGAGGUGCCAGCCUGCCCGUGUUCCCUUUUUCUCCAGCACACCACGAUUCCCAGCCAGGAUUCCAGAUCAGGAAUUUUACCCUGGGCCUGGAACUUAUAACAUAGAACAGCCUUUAACCAGAAGGGUCACUUGGCCGAUGAAAUUUGGGGCUCCAGACUGGGCCACAGUGGCAGCACUACCCCAGAGGAUGGUGAAACUGCAAAUCCAGAAGGAGCUCUCGCAGCUGCUCCCAGCCUGACUUUUGGAGUCACAGCUGUCCCUUUUUGGUGCAAGAUUUUGAAGCAACAUUAGGCUCCCUGGAAUUUUUCUUGUCCUAAAAACUGGGGGUUUUAGGCUGUUGAAGGCUUCACUUUUGUAUUCCUGGUGGACACCGUGGUUCAUCUCCACUUAAUUCUUUCUAACCAGAAAAAAAAUGAUGUGUGAGGCACUUUCCCACUCCUGAAACGUGAAGGACUCAGUUUUGCUCGUAGGAGAUAAAAUUUCUUUUAUUAUGAACAUAAAAAUUACAAUUUUCAUUCCACUUUUUUUCUUUUUCCUCCCCUACCCAGCGAGGGAUUUUUCUCCUUGAAGAAACAAAAAAAAGUUAAAAAAAGAUAAAACUUUUGGAUAUAUACAAA